AUGGCGGAGCAAGAACAAAGAAAAAAGAUCCCUUUGGUUCCAGAAAAUCUCCUGAAAAAGAGGAAGGCUUAUCAGGCCCUUAAAGCCACUCAAGCGAAGCAGGCACUUUUGGACAAAAAGGAGCAGAAGAAAAGAAAAGAGGUCAAGUUUAAGCGACUGGAAUCGUUCCUACAUGAUGCCUGGCGGCAGCAACGUGACACAAUACGCCUCAGACGACUAGAAGUAAAACCUCACGGUUUGGAAGUGCCAGAUAAACAUUCCUUGGCCUUUGUUGUAUGCAUCCAAAGGAUUAACGGGGUGAGUUCACUGGUGCAGAGGACAAUUGCAAAGCUUCGCCUGAAGAAGAUUUUCAGCGGGGUCUUUUUCAGAGUGACUCCCCAGACCAUAAAAACACUGCGUUUUUUGGAACCUUAUGUGACCUGGGGAUUUCCAAAUCUGAAGUCUGUCCGGGAACUCAUCCUGAAACGUGGACAAGCCAGGGUCAGGAAUAAAACCAUCCCUCUGACGGACAACACAGUGAUUGAGGAGCACCUGGGGAAGUACGGUGUUAUUUGCUUGGAAGACCUCAUUCACGAAAUUGCCUUUCCGGGGAGGAAUUUCCAGGCGAUCUGCCAGUUCUUACGUCCUUUCCAUCUCUCAGUGGCCCGUCACGCUCCCAAGAAUAGAGUGGGCUUCCUCAAGGAGGUGGGCUUGCCCGGCUAUCGCGGCGAACGCGUCAAUCAGCUCAUUCGGCAGCUCAAUUAAACCCAGAAUAUCUGAAAGCACAGCGCAUUGAAGGCAUGUGUUUUGUCUUUUGGAAUCGUUCUCGGUAUCUUCAAAGAAGAUUAUUUUCUGCUACAUCUUCAGAAAC